UCGUUUUACCCGUCUUUGACUUUGAAAUAUGGCUGCUUCUACAGAUACAACGUAACAUUAGCACACAGUAUUGUUAUCACAUAUUUAUCUGUAGAGCUACAGUGAACAGACCGACCGAGACAUGGCAGAGAAAGAUGCCGUUAAAGGAAAGGAGGCUCCCGGGGAGAAAGGCUACAGGACCCCCGGGCUGAGAGGAGUUAAUUCAACCACGAUGUUCAGAGCUUUCAACCCCGAACUCUUCAUUAAACCUAAUAAACCGGUGAUGGUGUUUGGAGUGGUUACCAUCACGCUGUGUGUCGGAUACCUGGGCUACAUGCACGCCAUGAAGGAGAACGACCAGCAGCUGUACGAGGCCAUGGACAGCGAGGGAGAGAAAUACAUGAGGAGGAAGACUUCUAAAUGGGACUGAGGACACUGAGCACUGUGUGUGUGCGUGUGCGGUUUAAGGACUUAGUGAUAAAUGAAUAUAAUCCAGCUAAAUUGUGCAAAUGAAAAGCCGAACAUGAAACCUUGCAGAUGCUGAAUGCAGUGACUUCACCUUCUUUUCACAUGUUGGAAACCUGUGCAUUGGAAUCUCAAGAUUCACCACACAUAGACUUUUGAUGUUUUUAAUUAAACAACAUAAAAAAUACAUCUGUGCCGGAUGUCAGCUCACAGGAGAAUGUCGGAGUCACUCUGUUAUUUGGCUUUCUCGUCCUGCAGAGAGAAAACAAAAGGUAAACAAGUUAUUAAAGUGGCCUCACACUUGUCAAUAGAUUUUCUUUUAGCCGCUUUAAAUAUUUAUUGAAGCUAAUUUCUAUCAAAAUCACAGAAAUAAAGACACUGAAGGGAUUUAUAAUCAUUAAAGUCCCAAUAAAA